UCCUGCUGUAGACACAUGGAACAGCCGCACGCUCUUGCGGAGGGCGGGGCCGGCGCCGGCGCCGGCGCCGGAGUGGAGGCCAUAGGGGAUGCGUACAUCAUCCGGCCGCUCGAGCUCGCCGACCUCUCCAAGGGGUUCUGCGACCUUCUCGCGCAGCUCUCCCCCUCUCCGCCCCUCUCAGAGGAAGCCUUCCACGCGCGCUUCGCUGAGCUCGCUGCGCUGGGCGCCGAUCACCUGAUCCUCGUAGCGGAGGACGCUGCGACGGGCCGCCUCGCCGGCGCGGGGGCGAUGCUGGUGGAGCGCAAGUUCAUCCGGCGCUGCGGCCUUGUGGGCCACUUGGAGGACGUGGUGGUGGACGCCGCCGCGAGGGGUCGGGGGCUCGGGGAGCGGCUCGUGCACCGCCUGGUGGAGCACGCUAGGGGGAGAGGGUGCUACAAGGUUAUACUCAACUGCACAACGGAGCUGAAGGGGUUCUACGCCAAGUGCGGGUUCGUGGAGAAGAACGUCCAGAUGGGGCUCUACUUCUGAUCUAGUAGGUUCCAGCUUCUCCGAUUGCACGCCCUGUUUAUGUUGUCUUCAAUUGAUUCCUCAAUUCAGGAAGUGCUGUUGGAAAGAUCUGUAGGUUCGCCUGUUUCCUUGAAAAAACUCGAGCUAGUGAUCACUGCGGCUUGCAUUGCCUCAACAUAAUUAUGUGAUGUGUGGCACAUUUACUGAAUCCAUUUGUAAUGGGAUGUUGUCAGAAGUUAUUAUAGAUCUCUUUGCUUUUA